UUCGUAUUUUCUCCCUGAAACUAGGUUACAGCUGAAGAGAUCAAGAUGGUCCCAAAUUACUCUACCGAAGAAACCGUUAAAAGAAUCCACGUCGACUGUCCCGUUUCAGGAAGGCACAGUUACAUCUACAUUAUGGUUCCAACUGUUUACAGCAUCGUCUUUAUCAUAGGCAUAUUUGGGAACAGCCUGGUCGUUAUUGUCAUUUACUGCUACAUGAAAUUAAAAACAGUAGCCAGCAUCUUUCUUCUAAACCUGGCGCUGGCUGACUUGUGUUUUUUGAUAACUCUGCCGCUCUGGGCAGCCUACACGGCCAUGGAGUACCAGUGGCCUUUCGGCAACUGUUUAUGCAAGUUAGCAUCAGCAGGGAUAAGUUUCAACCUGUACGCCAGCGUGUUCCUCCUCACAUGCCUUAGUAUUGACCGGUACCUGGCCAUAGUACAUCCAGUGAAGUCCCGAAUUCGACGUACCAUGUUCGUUGCCAGAAUAACUUGCAUUGCCAUCUGGCUUCUCGCCGGUGUGGCCAGUUUGCCCGUCAUCAUUCACCGUAAUAUCUUCUUUGCUGAGAACUUGAACAUGACAAUCUGCGGUUUUCGGUACGACAACAAUAACACAACGCUCCGGGUUGGGUUGGGUUUAUCCAAAAAUUUGCUGGGCUUUUUAAUUCCUUUUCUGAUCAUAUUAACAAGCUACACCUUAAUUUGGAAGACCCUGAAGAAGGCAUAUCAAAUUCAAAAAAAUAAGACUAGAAAUGAUGAUAUUUUUAAGAUGAUUGUGGCAAUAGUAUUUUUCUUCUUCUUUUCCUGGAUUCCUCAUCAAGUGUUCACUUUUCUGGAUGUAUUAAUUCAGUUACACGUAAUAACAGACUGCAAAAUCACUGAUAUUGUGGAUACGGCUAUGCCCUUCACCAUUUGCAUCGCUUACUUUAACAACUGUUUGAAUCCUUUUUUUUAUGUUUUUUUUGGAAAAAACUUUAAAAAAUACUUCCUGCAGCUAAUAAAAUACAUUCCACCAAGUGUCAGCACACAUCCAAGCCUAACAACAAAAAUGAGCUCCCUCUCAUAUCGGCCACCAGAAAAUAUACGCUUGCCCACUAAAAAGACUGCUGGGUCUUUCGACGCCGAGUGAUGCGUUUUGCAACACUUUUUUUUUUUUGAACAACCUUGUGAACGAAGCAGCAAGAAUGACAAAAUUCAUCUGGAGUCCUGAACAUCACAGCUUACUGCUCAUUGCAGAAACAUCAGAUCACCGCAGAGAAAUCACACUGUAAAGAUGUAGCAGUGGCCUUUUAUUUUACAUUGUGAAGAGGACUGCUGGUUUUCAUUUUGUUUUUCUUUACCGAAAGCAACAUAAGUGGUGGACAGGCAUGUCAGAGUUUCUGUCAGCAUCCUGCCGUUUACUCAGAACUACAAAAGAAGGGUAGAGAAAACUCCUAACUUAAGUUCAACGAUCUUUUUAAAGGAAAAGCUUGUAUAAAAUACCUGAAUUAUGAAGGACGUGUUUUGCACAUACAUGAGUUAUUCCAAGUUUUGUUCAAGGAGCUGAUAGAGCUACACUGCUUGUUUUGUUGGGGUUUUUUUUAAUGACGUAAAUGUCAUAUCAUAUUUAUAAUACAUUUUCAAAUAUAUGCUAUAGAUAGAGGCCCAAUUUUAAACUCAAAUGGAAAUUUAAGGUACUUUAAAUUGGUCUCAUUCUGAUUUAUGCUACUAUUUUUCAUUUUUUUAAUGGCAAAUUUUUCAUAAUAUAUGCAAUAAAAUGCAGAUUUAUUUAUUAAAUAUAGAAGAAAUAUAUUUUUAGAUUUAUAUUCCUACUCAUAGAUUUCAAACAUUGCUUCAUGAAUGUACAUUUAUAUCCCAGUGGGUAUUUUUAUAGAAGUUUAAAAAAAUAUAUAUCUAUGUAUACACACACACAAAAAUGGCGUUCACUUAACCUUUCCUCAUGAUCUGCCACACUGACUUGGAAGAACAUUACUUAUGGAGUGGGUUGACUCCAUACUCUAUGUGGCUAAAAGUAAAAUUCUGUAUUUGAAAACAUGAAUUCUGGGACAGAGGUGAUCAGAAAACUUCAAGCUGUUUUUGUAUAAUAACCAGUGCACUCGAUGAGAGAAAUUACCAACUAAUCAAAUCCACUCAAUUUUUCAAAUUCCUGGACAUUUAAUAAUUCCCAUAAGCAAAAAUGUGACAACGCUUGUAUUACAGUUUAACUAAUAAUGCUUUUAGUCACAUCACGAAACUUCCGAGAUCAAACUUUACUCUUGGCUUUUAUGGAAUUGUUCUCCAUUUAUACAAAACUAAGCCUAGAGUAUUUGCUCCCUGUAGAACCUUUUUUAUGUGUAUGGAAAGAAUUCAAACUUAUACUAGCAUAAAUCAGAACAAAAGUCUGGCUUAAACUCUCCAUACAAAUGAUGGGGGAAAAGGUGGUAAGCACUGUAGGAGGUUUCAGCUAAUGAUAUCCUCCUAUGUCCUUUUUACCUCAAGGAAUGAGCUCCAGAAAAUAUUUAUUCUUGAGUCACACUCAUUUAUUGUCUUCAAAGAUAAAUGAGUUCAUAAAUACUUUUUGACAUAGUAAAACUUAAGAAAAAUUCCAAAACUGUACAUAUAUCACGUAGACAGUUACAUGACCCUUGAGAAUUUGCAAUAUUUAUAAUCUUCAAAAAUACACAUCUAAUGCGGCUUUGUCUUGGGUAGCAAGUGGUUGGAUUAUCCAUAUAUUCUGAUUAUCAGUCUCUUGCAUAUACACAAAUAAUAUUUUAAAUUAUUUUUUACUUUAGGAAAUUAUUUUAAAUCAAAACACAACAAAAAAGUUACUUCUGUAGUUUAAUACUUUUUAAGAAAAAACGGGACUACAACCAGGUCUGGGAAUCUUGUGCCUCUUCCUGCUCUUUCAUUCACUUAUUUUAAGGCAAGUUCCUUCAGUUUUGCCUUUGUUCUUCCACCUGCAAAAUGGGAACAAUCUCUACUUACAUAUGUCACAAGGCACUGUGAGGAUUCACUAAAACUUCUAAAGCUGCAUGUUAAAAAAAAAUGCUCUUUCAUUGAAGGUUUAAGUUAAUUUAAUCGCAAGCUAGUAUCUCAAAAUUUGAAACCUGAAUGUGUCAUUUAAAGACACAGUUAAAUUAUUCCUAUUUCAUAUAAUGCUUCAUAUUUAGCUUAUAUCUGUCCUUACACGCGAGACAGCCAUUCGUUAAAAAUGAAGAUGGCAAUAGUCCCAUGCAUUAUAAAUGGCAUCCAGAACAGCACCACUGCCUCAGCACUCAGUAAGCUGACAAAGGACUGACAGAGCCUGCCGUUUAUCUGUAUGAUAUUUUGUUCAUGUACACACGUGCACAUGCUGAGCAGCAUCGGGAGCUUCCCCUGGCAGAAGCAGAUCUGCGUCAGACAUAAUUCAGUGUGCUCUGCUUGCCACCUGCUGGAUGCAGCCACAAAUUUGUUUUUCAUCUCAAAAUUUGUUAUAGGAAGAGACAGCAAUAUUUCCCUGCUUCCUGAUGGAUCUGGAGAUCCUUACCUGUGGCAAAGCUCCUGUAGAAAUGAAAUACAAACUUGUCCAUCGGGGAGGUAGUUAACUUCCUUGACAGAGGCUAAGCAAGCAUUUCCUCAUCACCUGCCGAUCCCUUUGGUCACUGAAACCCAGUGUCCCCAACGACCACAAUAGAUAGCUCAUUUGCAAAACGUUGAUUGCCUUACUACAAGAGCCAUCCCAAAGAGAAGAAAUAUAUAUGUGCAUAAAGGUAAAAAUCAAAGCAUAUUUGUGCACAUGAUAACUAAGUAUUUAGCUGAAAGGACUCAUUUAUCACCAAGAAGAAAAAGAAGCAGAAUCAGUGGUGACCGUGAACGGUAAAAAUGACUGUAUUACAGUGGAAAACAGAAGAGAAGCCAUCGGUUAGUGAUUUUGAUCAUUUCAUGCCAGAUCAUGCGUUUUUAAGAGACUGCGUAACCCAGGCUGCUGGUGCCACCUGUGCCUACCUGCGUCAUGGGAAAAAGCACGAGCAUGCACAUUUGGCUGGGCUGCUGCAGGAAAGGCAGGAAGGGAUUGCAGCUGGUGUGCUUUGAAGGCAAGACUGACCUUGAAUUGAUAGGCAAAGAGAGUGGAGGGCAAAGCUGCUGUUAAAUAGUGCUUGGAAAUUUUUGUUCUCCUAAGGGGUAGGAAAAUGAUCAUCAGCUGCCAAAUAUAGUGGAUCCUAGUUUAGUGUUCCCUUAAAAAAAAAAGUGGCAAAUCAAUAGAUACUGAAAAGUAUCCAGAGAUAAAACUCUCAAGC